CUGCGCGUGGCGUCGCGUUGAGUUUCAGUGUUUAGCGGCAGAUUUGGAGUCCGGUGGUUCGGUGUGAUGAUGGUCAUCAUGGGUUCUCGGUUCUGGACUUUAUCUUUGCUCUCCACUGCUCUCUUCAUCCACGUUUCUCUACAGGGAGAACAUCAGAGGAGACUUUAUAAAGAUCUGAUGAGAAACUACAAUCCUCUAGAGCGACCGGUUUACAACGACUCGCACUCGCUCACUGUUCACUUCAGCUUCAGUUUAAUGCAGAUCAUGGAUGUGGAUGAGAAGAAUCAGGUGCUGACAACAAACAUCUGGCUUCAACUGUAUUGGAUUGAUCAUUAUCUUCGGUGGAACACGAGCGAUUACCCUGGUGUUACCACGGUAAGAUUCCCGGACUCUCUCAUCUGGAAACCAGACAUCCUGCUUUACAACAGCGCUGAUGAGAGAUUUGAUGCCACUUUCCACACAAAUGUGCUGGUGAACUCAUCUGGACACUGUCAGUAUCUGCCACCAGGUAUCUUUAAGAGCACAUGCUACAUCGAUGUACGCUGGUUUCCGUUUGAUGUUCAGCGAUGUGAUCUGAAGUUUGGCUCGUGGACGUACGGUGGAUGGUCUCUGGAUCUCCAGAUGAUGGACGCAGAUAUAACUGGAUAUAUUGCUAAUGGAGAAUGGGAUCUGGUUGAGGUUCCAGUCAGAAGGAAUGAGAGGUUUUAUGACUGCUGUAAAGAGCCGUACCCUGAUGUGACUUUUACACUGGUAAUGAGGAGGAGGACGCUGUAUUAUGGUCUGAAUCUUCUGAUUCCUUGUGUUCUCAUCUCAACUCUCGCUCUGCUGGUGUUUCUUCUGCCGGCGGACUCAGGAGAGAAGAUCUCACUGGGAAUCACAGUAUUGCUGUCUCUUACUGUCUUCAUGCUGUUGGUGGCAGAGAUCAUGCCGGCCACAUCAGAUUCUGUGCCACUGAUUGCACAAUAUUUUGCGACCACUAUGGUGAUUGUUGGUCUGUCAGUUAUUGCUACAGUUCUGGUGUUACAGUAUCAUUAUCAUGAUCCAGAUGGAGGACAGAUGCCGAGAUGGACUCGUGUUAUCCUUCUGAACUGGUGUGCUUGGUUUCUGAGGAUGAAGCGUCCCGGUGAGGAACGAAUCCGUCUUGCCUGUCACGACAAACCGUCUCGGCGUGGCAGCGGAUCCAGCGUUGAGCUUUCGGUGUGCCAGGGGGCGCUACAGUCCACCAGUGGUAAUCUGCUGUAUUUUGGAUUCAGAGGUAUGGAUGGCGUCCACUAUGCUUCAUCGCACGACUCGGGUGUGCUCUGUGGGCGUCUCGUGGGCUCCAGUGAGGAUGUGUUGUUGCCAGGGGCGACGAUGCCAUCACUAGGGGGCGGGAGCAGAGUCGUUACGAGUGGGGCUUCAGAAACAGAACUAGCAAAGAUCUUGGAAGAAGUUCGAUACAUCGCCGGGAGAUUCCGCAGUCAGGAUGAAAAUGAGAGUCUGUGUAACGAAUGGAAGUUUGCGGCGGCAGUAAUCGACAGAUUGUGUCUGAUGGCCUUCUCUAUUUUUACAAUCCUCUGUACCAUCGGUAUACUCAUGUCAGCACCAAACUUUGUGGAAGCCAUCUCCAAAGAUUUCUUUAACUGAAGUGAAAUGGAGGACUUUUAGGAGGAGUUUUUUAUUGAUCAUCUGUUGUGGGUGCUAAUGAGACUAAGACUGGUUGUGUGUUUUUAAUAUAAAACCGAGCAACUUUGUUAGUUUUGCAGUAUUUUUAAUUCUCUCUUUAUGUGGCCAUUAAUUCACUUAUAGACAGAUUCGUUUUGUAUUAAACAAACUGUGU